AUGAAGACGAAACCCAAAAUCACCCAAUCAAAGUCAACUAAUAAACUGAACUCUUAGCUUCCAUCAGAUUCUUUAAAGACCAGUCAAAUUAAAGAAUAAACUCAUCAUGAUUAAACAUCUUAAGAUAGCAGAUUUGAAUCAACUGCUAUAGUAUACUCUUUUACUAAAUUUAUGAAUCCAAAUAAAUUCACAAAAUAUGUAAUACAAAAAAAAUAAAAUUAAGAAAGGAAUUCCUGAUACAAGUAGAGAAUAGAGUACAAGAUUAAACAAAGCUUAUACAAAUUCUACUCUUAUCUCUAGUCCUAGAUUAAUGUCCCCAAAAGAAUAGGUAGAAGUGAUUCAUUAUCUUGAAUUAAAAAAUAAGACUUUAAUUGAAGAAAACAAAAGAAAGUCAAAUCUUAUAGCCAAACUCUUAUAUAAUAAGUCACCACCUAAAUAAAAUAUUGUUCCAUAGCAACCUCCUAAAUCUGCUGAAUAGUAUUCUCCUUCUACUCGAUUUCCAAUAAUUAAUAUUCCUUAAAUAAAUGAAUUUCAAGUACCUAUGUUAUAAAAAAAUAAUUAACCUAAAGUUAUAUAAAUUGAUCAAAAUUGGAGCUUUGGAAAAUUAUCAGAAGAAGAUCGAGAUAUUAAAAUUAAAUCUUAAUUUUCUAGUAUAGCUAAUGCUACUAAUUAAAAAUCAUCUAUUAAAACUAAUUUUUAAAAACCUCUCCUUAAAUUACCAAAAGAGUUUCAUCCUUAAUCAUGGAAUUCAAUUAAAAAAUAAUGA